AUGACUGAACCAACUGUUGAUUAUUCUGAAAGGUUAAAACCUUACAGUGACAAUGUUUCUCCGUCGUCCAUAGAGGAACGUAAAUUGAAUUAUUUAGUGAAUAAUUUAAAUGAGAGUCAAAAGAAAGAAUUGAAACAGAAGGAUCUGAACAAUACUGAGAAGAGACUAAAAGAAUUAUUGUCCAUUAGUCCUUUAUUUAGACAUUUUAUAGAAAACAAAGCUAAUGAGGAUGCCACUUUUAAAUCUAUCUUAGAUGAUUUGGAUAAAAAGAAUGAUGCAGUAACUACCCAGAGGAAGAGAAAGACUGAAAGAGAAGAAGAUGCUGAAUUGUUAAAGGAAGAAGAGGAUGAAGAAAAUGAUGAAGAUAAUAUUGAAUUUGAAUUCAGAGAUUCUCCAGGUUAUAUCAAUGGUCAGCUGAGACCAUAUCAAAUUCAAGGUCUAAAUUGGUUGAUUUCCUUACAUAACAAUGGCCUUUCUGGUAUUUUAGCAGAUGAAAUGGGUCUUGGUAAGACUUUACAAACUAUAUCCUUCCUAGGCUACUUACGUUAUAUCAAAAAUAUUUCCGGUCCAUUCUUAGUUAUUGCACCAAAAUCCACCUUAAACAAUUGGUUAAGAGAAAUUAAUAAAUGGACUCCAGAGGUUAACGCUCUUAUUUUACAAGGUGACAAGGAAGAAAGAGCUAAUUUGAUUAAAAAUAAAAUAAUGCAAUGUGAUUUCGAUAUAGUUAUUGCAUCUUAUGAAAUUAUUAUCAGAGAAAAGGCUACAUUCAGAAAAUUUGGCUGGGAAUAUCUUGUAAUCGACGAAGCUCAUAGAAUAAAAAAUGAAGAAUCAAUGUUAUCACAAGUUCUUAGAGAAUUCAGAUCAAGAAAUAGACUAUUAAUUACAGGUACACCUCUACAAAAUAAUCUACAUGAAUUAUGGGCUUUGUUGAAUUUCUUAUUACCUGAUAUAUUUUCUAGUUCUCAAGAUUUUGAUAGUUGGUUUUCGUCUGAAUCAACAAAUGAUGAUAAUCAAGAUCAAAUUGUUAAACAAUUACAUACCGUUCUGAAACCAUUUUUAUUGCGUCGUAUAAAAAAUGAUGUUGAAACUUCACUAUUACCAAAACAAGAAUUGAACGUUUACGUCGGUAUGUCUUCUAUGCAAAAGAAAUGGUAUAGACAAAUUCUUGAAAAAGAUAUAGAUGCUGUGAAUGGUACUAAUGCCACUGAAUCCAAGACAAGAUUGUUGAAUAUUGUCAUGCAAUUGAGGAAAUGUUGUAACCAUCCAUAUCUAUUUGAUGGUGCAGAACCAGGCCCUCCUUACACAACUGAUGAACAUUUGGUUUAUAACUCUGCGAAGUUAAAAGUCUUGGAUAGACUGUUGAAAAAAUUAAAAUCGCAAGGUUCUAGAGUCUUAAUCUUUAGUCAAAUGUCCCGUUUAUUGGAUAUUUUAGAAGAUUAUUGCUUCUUCAGAGAUUACAAGUAUUGUAGAAUAGAUGGUUCAACUGAUCAUGAAGAUAGAAUUAAGGCUAUUGAUGAUUAUAAUGCCCCCGAUUCUGAUAAAUUUCUUUUCUUACUAACUACCCGUGCUGGUGGUUUAGGUAUCAAUCUGACAUCUGCCGAUACCGUUGUCUUGUUCGACUCUGAUUGGAAUCCACAAGCAGAUUUGCAAGCAAUGGAUAGAGCUCAUCGUAUUGGCCAAAAAAAGCAAGUUAGAGUAUUUAGAUUCGUCACUAACAACUCUGUAGAAGAGAAAAUCAUCGAAAGAGCAACCCAAAAACUAAGGUUAGAUAAAUUAGUCAUCCAACAAAAUAGAACAGUUUCUAGUAAGAAGAAAGAAAAUAAAAAUGAUUCUAAGGAUGCUUUGUUAUCUAUGAUUCAGCAUGGUGCUGCUGAUGUCUUUACCAGUAAUAGCAAUACUCCAAGUGUGAGUGGAACACCAGAACCAAAUUUAACUUCAAAUGGAACUGCAACCGCGGGAAACGUGGAUCCUGAUCCAGAAGUUGAUUUAGAUGCAAUUCUAUCAUUAUCUGAAAACAAAACUCAAUCUUUGAACAAAAAAUAUGAUUCUCUUGGUCUAGAUGAUUUACAAAAGGUCAACCAAGAAUCUGCAUAUGAAUGGGAUGGCCAGAAUUUCAAAAAACAAAAUGUAGAGAAACAAGUCAUCGAUCCGCUAUGGCUAAUUACCAACACAUCCAGAAAGCGUGAACGUAAAGAAAAUUACUCUGUAGAUAAUUACUAUAAGGAUAUUCUUUAUACAAAGAAGGCUCCAACUCCAUUACAACCAAGAAUGCCUAAACCUCAUGUAUUUAGUUCUCAUCAAAUGCAACGUCAAGAAUUGAAAAAUUUAUAUGAAAGGGAAAGAAUGUACAUUGCCAAAAAGACAAAAUAUGUUCCAACUCUUGAUGAUGUUAAGGCAACUUAUGGUGAAGACUUACCAAUAGAGGAACAAAAACUAAAACUUAAAGAAUUAAAGAAAACAAUAGCCGAUGCUGAGCCACUAACCGAAGAAGAGGAAACACAAAAGAUAGAAUGGGAGAAAGAAGGUUUUAGUAAUUGGAAUAAGAUUGAUUUUAGAAAAUUCAUAUCUUUGUCUGGUAAAUAUGGAAGAAAUUCUAUACAGGCCAUUGCUAUGGAAAUGGAAGGUAAUAAAACUCUAGAAGAAGUACGAGCAUACGCCAAAGCAUUUUGGGCAAAUUAUAAGACGAUUGAGGGUUAUGAAAAAUUAAUAAAGAACAUCGAAGAAGAUGAAGCAAAGUUGAGACAUUUAAAGUAUCAAGAAAAAUUACUUACACGUAAACUGGCUGAAUGCACACACCCAUUUUUUGAUUUUAAAUUAAAAUACCCACCUUCCACUAAUAAUAAGAGAGUCUUCUCCGAGGAAGAAGAUAGAUUCUUAUUAAUAACACUGGCAAAAUACGGACUGCAAAGAAAUGAUAUAUAUGAAGUUAUUAGAGAUGAAAUUCGUGAUUGCCCAAUGUUUGAAUUCAACUUCUUCUUUUCAAGUAGGACACCAUUGGAGAUUAGUAGAAGAAUAUAUACUCUUUUACAAUGUUUAGAAAAGGAAGCCAAUCAACCUUCCAAGGACGAAAAGAACGUUGAUGGUAAGAAAAAGAACGAUAAGGUUUCGAAAACAAAGGUAUCUGACACUAAAGAAAUCUCAUCAGCUGAAUCUAAGGAAGUCAAAGCAGAAAAUAUAAAAAAUGAUGUCAAUGAAAAGAAGAGAUCAAGGGAAAAUAGUGUCGACAUAACUGUAAAGGAUGAAUCUGCGAAGGAUGAGUCUGAUUUAAAGAAGCCAAAAAUUGAGACCUAA